AUGACAGUAGUCGUAGUUGAAGAGAUUAUUGAGCAUUGUAGAAAAAUACAAGUUAGAACAGAUUCAGAGAUACAGGAACUGCUGAAUCAUUAUCAUUCACUCUUUACACAUUCCUCUUUAAUUCAUUAUAACGAUAACGACCAUUAUAAUAAUAACUAUAAUAAUAACUAUAAUAAUAAUAAUAAUAAUAAUUACGAUAAUAGUAAUAAUCAACAACAAUUAAAUUUAACAAUAUUUAUAAAUCAAGUAAUUGAAAAUUUGAAUAGAGCAAUAGAUAAUUAUCAAAGUACUAUUCAUAUAUUAAAUAAUAUAAUACAAAGAGAAAAAGAAUUAUAUUCAAGAUUAAUAGAAUUUAUAGAAUACUCUUGUCAAACAAGAAAACAAAUCAUAGAAACAAAAGCAAAAAUGUUGGAAGAAUUAAACCAAAUGAAUAAUACUCUACCAGAGACUAUCUUUACAAUCUCAAAAGCUACAUGUUAUCGUUGGAAACAAGAAAGAUUAACAUAUGAACCAACAUCACCUAAUAAUAAUAAUAAUAUAGAUAUUGAUACAUGUUCACCACCUGGAUCACCAAUUAUAUCAAAUUCAUCUCAAAAUGCAGAUAAAGAACUUGUUGGCGAAGGACCUAUAUACCUAAAGAAGGUAUCAGAUUCAUUACAUUUAAUGGAAUUCAAGUUUGAUAUUGGAGAAGUUGAAACGAUGGUAUUCCCAAUCGUAAAGGAAACACCAAUCUUUGCUGUUGCACAUGGACACUAUGUACUAGAAUACCAAGACUACUUUUAUGGAAUCACCUUUCAAUCUGAUAUCCCCGAUGUAUAUAUUCAACUAUUUAACAAGACUUUGGACUCUAUUUGUUGUUUUGCACUGGUCCAAGCAGACCCUUCCACCCUGGAAGAGAAAAAGGUUGGUUUUUUGGUUUCUUCACUCAACAGUAUGUCAACCGGUGUAAAUAAUGGCUCCAAUUCUAUUGCAUGUGGAAUAAUGGGUGCAUCAAUGGUUGUAUCUCUUGCAUUACGUCAAGGUGGAAUCAAAUUAAAAUCAUCACUAGAAAAGCAUAAAGUACCAGUUGAAGUAUCACCAAUUGUUUCUGCACCAAUUAAAUUAAUUAAAAGUGCAACUCCCUAUGCUGUCUCUACAAGUUCAUUUGUUAUUUCAACAUUUGCAUCAGUUGUUGAAGUAGUUGGUAGUGGAGUUGUGACUGGAGUCAAAUUUAUAGCACCAAAACAACAAGAUGGACCACAAAACGAAACAUUGGCAGCAGCUGCAGAGUUUGGAAAAACAUCUAUUGCAGCCAUCACUGAAAUUACAACUGCCAUCUCGUUAGGAUUGAAUAACAUCCUCGACGAAGCUCACAACUCUACUGUUGAUGUUGUCAAUCACAAGCUUGGUAAAAAUGCUGCAGAUAUCACUCAAGACUCUUUCUUGAUUGGAAAGGAUGUAGUCACUACUGCCAUGACAUUUUCUGCUAAAAGUGUACUCGUCAAAGGAGCUAUCAGUGGUGGUACCAAUGUAAUUAAAAAAGAAUUUGAUAUUUCCCCAAAUCAAAAUAAUCAAAACAAUCCAAAUAAUCUUAUGAUUCAAAAUAAUAAUUCACCGUUCAUACCUGUAAAUAAUAAUGAUGAUCUCUAA